AUGUUUGACUACUUCCUGUUAGCAACCUGUCAGUUCAAACUGACUCUGAGCGGCUUAGUUGUAGACCGUAACCAGGGAGUCCUCCUGGAUUAACCGUUACCCCACGGCUGGACAUGGAUAAAACACAUUUCAGACCAUAAAAUGUUUUUCGGUUAUUUUCGUCCAUGUUUGCAGCUUCCGGUUCUCUUCGCAGCGCAGCUCGGCGGAGUUUAGGAUGGAGUCCAGCAGCCUGGGGAGUGACUGUCUGUCCCCGGAGUCGACGGUGACGUCUCUGCUGUCGCGCUCUGGCCACCUGCGCAGCGGCCUGCAGCCUGCGGGCCGCAGCGCCAGCGCCACCUUCAGGUUCAGAGACCAGGUCUUUGAUUCGGCGUCGGCGGCGCUGGACGCCUACAUCACAGACUUCAACCGCAGCUGCCAGCAGUGCAGGUCGCUGACGGCGUCGCUGGUUCUGCCACGCAGCCAGCCGGCCAAUCACAGGACGGCCAGAAACAGAGACGUCCUCCGGGAGCGUCUGACCGACUGGGAGCUGGACUUCCUCAGCCUCCCCGUCAGCUCCCUCCAUCACCGCCUGAACCGCGACCGCGUCUCCAUGACGACAGAAGAGCUGCUGUCCAUCCCCUGCGACGGCACGAUGCCCGUCACUCACACGUCUGCCUUCAUCCAAGGCGUCCUGUGCCGGUCCCGGGGUUCUGAACCGGUCCCGUCCUGCGCCGGAUCCAGACUCAGCAGCAGCCAUGUUGCUCACCAACACCUUCACCUGGACCCAGGGCCUCCAGACCAGUACCAGAACCAGAAACAGAACCGUUUUCCUGCUAGGACCUCCAGGUCGAGAGGGAGGCUGCAGACAGACAGACUGAGCCAGUCUGCUGACAUUCCUGCUUCUGCACACAGAGCUGCAGAUCUGCACCUUCCUCGCUGGCUGACCAGCAACAAGUCGGUCCUGGGCUGCUCUGAGGUCAGCAGCCUGCCGGACCUGACCUACCCCAGCUGGGUCCUCCGUGCCGCCGAGCCACCGCCCUGGAAGGAGCGCGGCGAUGCUUCACCUGGAGCGGCCAGAGGGAGAGCUCCGUCCUGGGUGUUGGACCUGGAGAUGGACGGAGAGCUGAAGGCAGCGCCAGCACAGCUGAGAGGGAGGUCAAAGUGUGUGGUUCAGGCUGAAGGGGAGCAGACGCUCCGAGAGCUGCGGCUGCAGCUGGCCGAACACAUCUCUGCCCUCACCGCCCAGGGCAACGGAUCCGGCAGCCUGGCGGCGCCGUUCAGAGACAACAGGAUUGAGUCUCUGAUCCAGAAGGCCGAUCAGGUUCUGGACGCCCUGAGUUCUGGAGGAGCAGAAGGUUCUGGAGGAGCAGGAGGUUCUGCAGGAGCAGAGGGUUCUGGAGGAGCAGAGGGUUCUGGAGGGAAAGUGAGUCCUGUUGGCACCGAGGACCUGCUGCUGUCCUCGCCUCUUCGCUGCCCCUCCCCCACUCUAACCACAGAGCUGGAGUCGGAUCAGACUCUUCUGGAUCAGGAGGUUUUGAGCAGUGGUUACCAUGGAAACGACACCGGUACGCAGCCCGGCCCAGUGGAGGCCAUGAAGCAGAUGCUGUUCCGGCUCCAGGCCGUGGAGGCGGAGCUUCAGCGGCAGCGGAUGGACGCCGACGGACAGAAGACGCCGGAGAAACAGGAAGCCGACGUUGAUCCAGAGCUGCAGAGUUUCCCAGGAAGUCCAUCGCUAAAGAGGUCAGACUUCAAACCGUUCAACACAAAUCCGAACAGAAACGUUUUCUGGUACUUUACAAUGUUGAAAUUAUUCCAUAAAAAAAUACAAAAAGUUGUAAAAUCUGCAUGUGUCAUUCUUCAUAAAUUUAGCUAAAUUUGUUGCUUCUUCACGUUUUUAGUCAAAUUAGGAACCAAGGAGCAACAGCACACUAGGAACGUUGGUUAAUAUGAGGGGAAAUGGAGCCUGUUUGUACAGUGAGGCACAGUGGUGGCAGCAUCAUGCUGUGGGAUUUUAAAUCCAAAACAAAGCACCUGAGUUCUGCACACAAACUUACUUCAGAUUGUCACUAAAUCUUUGCGUUCAUCAGCUUUAAUGCAGCUCUGAUUACUAACAGUGAUGCAAGGUGGUGGCAGCAUCAUGAUGUGGGAUUAUUUUAAUUUGUUUUAGUAUAAAAUAAAACACCUGAAUUGUUGUUUCUGUAAUUGCACUUAAUCCAGUUUCAUUUCUAAUAAAUUGCUGUGUUCCAUCAAGGUGAACUUCCUGGUUGUCACUUCCUGGAUGUCACUUCCUGUUUUCAGAGUCGGGCUGUACCUGAACCGCCUGAAGCUGCUGGUGGAGGAUCCGGGUCAGAGAGGAAGACGGACGGACUCCUCCUCCCAGCAGGACUCGUCC